AUGGAAACGCUGUCCAAGACGUCCAAGAAAGUAUUUGAUUAUGGCGCAAAUUCUCCUUUACCGCUACUCGAGAAGUUAGACGUUCUCAUCAGCUACAAGGAGAGCAGCAGCCAUGAAACUCUCUAUGUUGUGUCUGGAGACUGUGUGCAACCAGACCCCACUAAGGUGUCUGCAGUAAUCGGUGCCUCACCACCCACCAGUGCCAGUGAAGUGAAAUCUCUCCUUUAUCUUGUUAACUACUGUGGUCGGUUCAUACCGAACCUGGCCCACCUCACCCAACCACUCAGGAAACUCACAGCCAAAGGAGAGCACUGGUGUUGGACAGAGAUACAGCAAGAUGCCUUGUACGAACUGAAGAGACAGAUUUCCGAGGCCACAGCUCUUGCCUACUUCGACCCAGGAACGGACAUCACAUUCAUUGUAGAUGCUGCUCCUCAUGGCCUAGGUGCCAUUCUCACGCAGACAUCCGGAAGCGAAACCAGGGUGGUAGCAUAUAGGAGUCAUGCCCUUUCUCCUGUGAAGGCACGCUACUCUCAAAUUGAAAGGGAAAUGCUGGCUGUAGUGUGGGGAAUUGAGCACUUUCACAUCUACCUGUAUGGGACAGCAUUCCACCUACUGACGGACCACAAGCCAUUGGUCAGUAUUCUCAGCAACCCUCGCUCCCUGCCUUCAGCACGGCUAGAGCGUUUGGCACUUCGAAUUCAACAAUACACCUUUGAAGUGGAACACACUAGUGGUCCAAGCAACCCAUCUCACUACUUGUCCCACCACCCAGUAAACUCCACGGAACCGUUUCGGCGCAUGGAGUCUGUCACUGAACAGUAUGUGAACUUCAUCGUGUCUCACAGCCUACCUCGUGCCAUGACCAUAAAGGAGAGCGAGGGUUUUGCAGAGUUCGCUAGCGAGCUCGGAUUCAAACAUCACCGCAUCACUCCACAGUGGCCAGAGGCUAACGGGGAAGCCGAACGAUUCAUGCGGACCCUAACGAAGUCAACACUCGCAAGUCGUGUCAGCCAUUUGGAGUGGACCAAUGAGCUUCAGUCGUUCCUGCUGGCUUACAGGUCCACACUCCAUGGUUCCACAGGAAAGUCUCCGUAUGAACUUCUAUUUGGGAGACCCACGAAGAAUCUUCCACCGACAAUUGCUACUGAUACUCAGAACUCAGCUCCCUCUGAGGCGAGACAGAAUGACACCCAAAGAAAAGCAUACAUCAAGCAGUACGUCGACUCUCAUAGACACACCAGUCACAACCAGCUGCAUGUUGGACAACAAGUCCUCUGCAAACAAGACAGGUCAAACAAGUUCUCGUCUUACUAUGACCCCCAUCCAUACACAAUCACCAAAGUCACUGGCUCCAAAAUCACAGCGUCCAGAGAUGGAGUGUCGAUUUGUCGCAACUCGAGCUUCUUCAAAGAUGCGAGCACAGUUCAAAUGGAACGACACCAGGACCAGACCGACAUACCAGAUGUGGACGAUGCAGCUGUGCCAAGUAACAGUGACCUUCCAAGCCACAGCACAGCUACUCCGAGUGAAGCUCAACCAGCAACUCCCAAGAGCGCCUCACAGAGGUAUCCCCAACGAACCAGGCAACGACGUGAGCGCCUGAAAGACUAUGUGUGA